UAGAUUUAUAUCAGCAAUACCGACAGACUGUACAGUUUACGUGUGACAUCUGGAUUACUAUCAUAUAUCGGUGACAUUUGUUUCCUAUAGAAGAAGAAGAAGCAGGGAGAAGAAGAAGAGAGAAAAUACAUUUAUAAAAUGUUGCAAAAGAAAGUUGAGCGAUUUCUCAGUGUGCUGUAUAUUUCCAGUGUAAUUACAUCGUUUACAUCGAUGAUUUGCAUAGCCAUCCUUUGGAAACACUGGACAUUCAUUUUGGAUGUUUGUAUUAGCAUCGAUUGCGGUUGUAUAUUAUACUCUAAAAACACCUUCAGUACUUUUGUGGGGGGUAAUGGAAACCUCUGCAAAUUUGGUGUAUACGGCUUGGUACCAACGGCUGUACUGAAUUUAUGUCUUGCCGGAUAUCAUGGAUAUAGAGGUUAUUUAAGGAAGGAAUCAAAUGUACGAACCAACAAUGAUAAUAGCAGAGUGUUCGAAAUCAGAGAGCCAUCAACAGUAGAGGAGAGACCCAGACAAAGAGUAACGGCGUACCAAAAAUGGAUGCCUUUUGUCUUUCUUGCGAUAUUACUUGCCUGUUUAUCAUUGUCUCAUGCAAUAAUAGUAACUGAUGGUUAUUUUCAAACUUGCGACCAUUAUAGGGUUAUGCUGAUACAAAUUUUAGGUUCAACUGGACGCGAAGCCGAGGUUAUUCACCGUAGACUUUCUUGCGGAGCAAUCUUUGAUUUUAUGGAUUAUUUACAGCCGAAUGACUCCGCCUGGAAUCGCGCUAAACCGCCUGACUCUGGUGUCAUGCUUCGAUUAGCUAUUGCUUUUACUUGGUACAAUUUUAUUUCUUGGACGGUCGCCUUCAUGUUAUACUAUAUCAUGGCGCGUAGAAAAUUGUGCUUUUUUUGAAAUUUAACAACAACUUCCCAAUAUCGCGAAUCUCGCUUAAUUAAAUUUUAAAUGAUGCACGCGCACUCCUGUUCAUUCGUUGACGAGAUAUCGAUAAAUAAUAUGAAAUAAUAUACAUGUUUUUAUUACAUUUUUAUACAUAUUUAUAAAAACAAAAAAAAAUCGUAUCUUGUUUUUUUUAAUAUUAUGUCGACUAUCAUAUUUUCCGAGACUGUGUUAAGUAAUAUAUGCAAUACUGCGAUACCUGUCGUUUGGUUUCACUUGUGUUUAUUUUAUGCACUCGUUCGAGUAUUAUUUUAAGUACAGUACAAUCUACUAAAGUCUGCUACAAUUUAAUAUGUAUAUAGUUUGUAAUCAUCUCUCUUUACUUUUUGUAGCUACAUAACGAAACAUUUUACUUAUACAUUGUAUGGUCGUUGAAAUCAUCUUACGCAUAAAUAGGCAUGUAUCAUUACUCUAAAAACAUUACGAAAAUUGUUUAAUGAAACGAAUAAACCUUAUGGUAUUUGUGUUUUUUCUUUCUUCAACACCUUUUCUUUGAUUAAAAUAAAGGAAGGUAAGAGAGGGAAAAGUCAUACAAUUCUAUAUUCGGUGUUUUUUAUCUUUUCUCGUUGAAGAAAACUGCAAAUAUUUUAUCUUUGUCUUGUGUCUUCAAUUACUCUUAAAUUGUAAAAAGGGCAGUAAUAGUAAAUUUUGUUCAAUCGCCGUUUUCAAUUUUGUCAUUGCCGUUAAACAGGGAGAAAAGCUACGCGAUAUUAUACACACAUAAUGGCUCACGAAAGUAUCCGAACGCUUAUAUUAGCGAACUCCAAGGAAAAAUAUGAGGAUUAUAAAAUGUUAAAUAUCAUAAUUGAAUAAAGAUCGUAUACAAAUAAGAA